AUUAUCAGUUAUAUUCGUUUGAAUUCUCGGAUUUUUGUUUGGAUGAAAGGGACACCUGUUCUGCAACUCUUAGGAUGUUCUUAGAUCUCAAACUUAUCAAUACUUUUAAAAUUCCAUAUCAGGUCCUCUGUCGAUGGAUUCUCAGUGUCAAGAAGAACUAUAGACCCACGGGAAAUAUGUAUCACAUAAUGAAUGAAAACGAGAAGUUGGGAUUAAUUGUAGCUUCAUUAUGUCAUGACCUGGAUCACAGGGGAACAAACAAUUCUUUUCAAACAAAGUAAGUUGUACAAAUGUG